AAUUUAUUUGACUGGGGACAGGAAGAAAAAGAUGCCCUUGCUAAAUGUUUGUGUACACAGUUCAAGGACAUUCUCUCAGAUGAACCAAGAUUGCUCAAAUUAAAAGCUCCAAUGUAUAUCUUAGGUGAUUUUAUAUUUUGUGUACAUGGUGGUAUACCAAUGCCGGAAUUAGACGGAGGAUUUAUUGAUGCCAUAAACAAAGUGCCAAACUCAUUGAAGAACCCUGAAGAUGAGAGUGCUCUGGCAUGGGAUAUAAUGUGGAGUGACCCAGUCAGUCUGGAUGUAUUAACUCCAGAGACAAUUCAGGAACUAAAAGAAAAGAAAGGCUUCAGAGCAAACACUAGACGAGGGACUGCCCAUUUCUUCAGCUGUGAUGCUUUGUUUGGCUUCUUGGAUAGAAAUGGUCUGACACAUGUUAUUAGGGCUCAUGAGGUGCAGGAAGCUGGCUUUCAGGUACAACAACAGGGCAAGUUACUGACUGUAUUCUCCUCGUCACAUUACUGUGGCGGUAGCAACGAGGCAGCAUGUGUACUUGCCGAUAACUACAAACUACGUAUGAUCAGAAUAGAUACGACCUGAACAUGCCUCUAGUUUCCAUGGUUACCAAUAUAAUUAUCAUCUGGGUGGAGAAAUCAUGGCCAGCCGGGAGAAAUUAACAUUCAGCAUCUAGUUUCAUGUAUUUUUAAACAUUUACUUGAUAAAUGUACAUGAAAUUUUAUAUAUUUUGAACAAAGCGUUGGAUGUGUGUUUUCUCAAUGACAUUUCAAGGAUCAUCUGUUACUGAUUGAGUUGGUUUUUGGUUGUUGUUUUGUUUUUCGCCAAUUACUUUUUCUCCUAUUUAGUUAGUAAAUUGUAGGUACAGACAAGGCAAUUUAAAAAUACCUGAGUUUAUAAAAUUUGCAUAAAAAACAUGUGUUGAAAUUAAGAUCUGAUAAAUGCAUAAGUGCAAGCAUUAAUCAGUUAAUCUAUACAAACAAUUUAAUCUGUUAAAAGUAAUUGCUAGUAUUUUUUAUAUUCUUUGUUAAGUUCUGAGUUCUGUGAAGCAUUGUGCCUUUAAUUUUGAGAAUUUUAGCACUUAAUGUCAAAACAAGAUGACACAAAAAGAGAAGAGAAUAUUGAAAUUCUGUAAAAUACAAAAUAGUUUUGGCCUAAUAUACCAUUUUAAGUUAAUGAUUAACAUUACAUUUUGAUCAAUUAAUAUCCUAAUUACCCCUUUAAUAUCAGAUAAAAACUUGUUUAUUUUGAUAUUCCAUUCAAAACCCAUAAUAAGGCUUACAAAUUUAUAUUCAAAUCAAUAACUUACUAGAGGCUUUUUAUUCUUUAGGCUUACCAUGGACCUUAUCAUAUGGGAUUCAUAACCAAGCCAUGUUUUUCUGCAGGACAUCAGCACUAUAAAGUCCUGAAAGCUGGCAUAAAAGUGACUACAAAUUGUUAUUAAUAAUGUUAUUAAUGUCUUUCAGUCAGUCCAGCUUAAAUAAGUAUGGUUUUUGUUAUAGGGUAUCUAACAGAAACACGUCACAAAUAUUUAUGACAAAAAUUUCAGUUUGAUAUUUUUGUAAAAUGUUAAGAAAUUGUGGUCCUGUUGAAAUUAUUUUAGAUUUUAUUUUAGAUGGAUGCUUAAUUGCUGUGACAUAUCAAGAUGAAAUAUUCUAGCAUGCCAUUGUCAUUAUAUUUGAUGUUUCAACAUAACUUCAUUCAGGGGGCUCUUGAUAAUAUUUUGCCAUACUUACUAGUUAUAUAACCACGCAAAAUCAUACCUUUAAAAUGAGCAUUUAACAACUAAAAUUGGUCAAAAAUAAAAACUAUGCUAUCCAAACGGCUUUGGUGUUUUAACCAUUUGUACAAUUAAAAGACAUUGAAAAGAGAAUCCUUGUCAAUUGUAAUUAUGAUUUCUUAUUUAUUGGACAGAUAUGCCGCACAAAGUUGUGUUUUGUUCAGAUUUUUAUACUUGCAAAAUCACAUUGUAUUUUUAAGCACAUUUUAUUGCACUGCAGUUAAAUAAAAGUAAUGUUAUUCCUUUUAUUCGUGUUGCACAAUCAUUGUAAACUGCAAUAUUUCAUAUAGUAAAUCAUUGUUUUGUUUCAUAUAAACUGUUGUUACUUCAUAUAAAGUUUAUGAUUU